CCUCAGAUCUACACACAACAGUCUUCAAAACUCUCUCUUACAUUCAAAAGCAAAGAAAAAAAUGUCUGGACGAGGAAAGGGAGGAAAGGGACUGGGAAAGGGAGGAGCCAAGAGGCACAGGAAGGUCCUCCGCGACAACAUCCAAGGGAUCACGAAGCCUGCGAUUCGUCGUUUAGCGAGGAGAGGCGGUGUGAAGCGUAUCAGCGGUUUGAUAUACGAGGAGACUCGCGGCGUUCUCAAGAUCUUCCUCGAGAAUGUGAUUCGUGACGCUGUGACUUACACUGAGCACGCUAGGAGGAAGACUGUGACGGCGAUGGAUGUUGUGUACGCGUUGAAGAGGCAGGGAAGGACUCUGUACGGGUUCGGCGGCUGAGGGGAUUUAAUUAGGGAUUUGUAAAUCGCGUUUGUUGUUUUUAGGGUUUGGUUAAUUUGGGGAGAUUAAGAUCUCUUUAAGCUGUCUGAAGGGUUUUAUCUGAAUGUUUUAAGUGGUUUUUAAUUGAAUGAGAAAAGUUUUUAUCUGAA